AUGUACUUUCUGUUUAGUCAUUUGCUGUGUCUCCUUGGUGUCCUGUCCAUGUUGUCCAGUAUGUUAGAAGUAACAGAGGCGUAUGAAAAUAUUGCCUUACACAAACCUGCAUUUCAAUUGCAUCCGUAUGACAGAAAUAAUAAAACAUUCGACGCAGCUAAUGCAGUAGAUGGACUAAAGUCUGACUUAUCUUGGAAGGGAGGUCAAUGUGCUGUAUCAGCUUAUGGAAAAGAAAUCGCCACCUGGUGGGUAAACCUCGGCAGACUUCACAUCAUCCACCAAAUCACUGUGUAUUUUAAGACAAAAAAUCGCAUUUGGGAUAACACAAACAACGCUACAUCCACCUUUCUAGGAUUUUCACUCUACGUUUCCAAAACAACAGAUAGAUUGCAAGGAAAAUUAUGUUUCAAGGAUAAUAACUUUAACAGAAGCACUAUUCCUGCAGUGUUUAGCACAAUAUGUUAUGUACAAGGACAAUAUGUCAUCUACUACAACGAGAGAUUGAAAGGGGUUACCUAUCCUAGCGAUUAUAAUUCAGACGCUGAAAAUGAUUUAUGUGAAGUCGAGGUGUAUGGUUGUCCGGUACAAACGACUCAUUGCGAUGUGUUUGACACAGUUGAAUGUGUCUGUCUUGCCUGUAAACCUGGUUACCUUGGUGACACGUGUGAAGGAGAAUUUUCAACUAAUGUCAAAAUAAAUAACUGGACUCAUGCACUGCAAGGUAUGAUCGGUGGACUCAGUGUCUCUGUUCUGAUCACCGUUGUACUUAUUCUCUAUAUUGUACAGACAAGAAUUUCAAUGAGAAGGAACCCUACAAUAUUGAAUGCAAUAGAAUCAAGGAAUGGCGCCAACUCAGCCAACACAUGUGUUACUGGAAGCAAUUAUACUGUGAAUAGUUACACUGAGCUCGGAUGGUCCAGGAUCACUGACCCAUAUUAUACGAUCCAAGAGAUGACUGGUGUAGUUUAAAACUUAUUCUUUAAAACAAUCGAAAGUUUUUCAAGUCAUUUGCCCUUAGAAAAGUUAAAAAUCGAAGGAAAUUGAAGAAUAAUUAUAAUUUCAGCAAAUG